CGGAUUGAAACAGAUUGUUCGACUCCACGGGUCGCAAUGGCUACUGCACCGCAAGGACAACAAGUUUUGCUGUUCAGUUAAACAAGUCCUAUGUGACGAACACGACGGACGGAAUCGUCUAAGCCACACUUUUUAAUGUGAGACACUCGUUGGAAAACAGAAAAAUGUCCCAGGGAUGUAUAACUUCUGUGGAGGAGAUCCAGUCUUGGUGGGAAGUCCCCGCCAUAGCGCACUUCUGCUCUCUCUUCAGGACGGCGUUCAAUUUACCAGACUUUGAAAUCGAGGAACUUGAGCAAGCACUACUGAAACAUGACCAAGCAUUCCUCUCAGACCUCCUCUGCUCCCUGCUGAAAGGAUGUUACCAGCGCAGCGACAUCACGAUUCAGUCCUUUAGCAGUUACCUGGAAGACAUUAUCAAUUACCGCUGGGAACUGGAAGAAGGGAAGGCCAAUCCACUGAAGGAGCACCAGUUUGAAGAGCUGCCACCCCGCACACAGGUGGAACUCUUGCACAGACUCUGUGACUAUCGUCUUGAUGCUGCUGAUGUCUUUGACCGGCUCAAGGGCCUGGAUGCAGACAGUUUACGUGUUGAGCCUCUGGGCCAGGAUGGGAACGGGGCCCUCUAUUGGUACUUUUAUGGUACGCGGCUAUUCAAAGAGGAGCCAGUUGAAGCAAUGUCUCCCCAAUACAGUGAGAGUUAUGACAAAGUGACUGAAAAGAAAAGAAGAGGGAGGCCACCAAAGAAGUCUGAAGAUAGACUGGCCAUGGAGGAGGAGGGGGAAGACUCUGUGAAGGAAGAGGAUGAAAGUAUUGAGGAGCCCAAGCCUGCAAUAGAGCGUGAGCGUGGGGCCUGGUCUCUGGUGUGUGACACAGAGGAGCAGUGGGUCAAUCUGGCCGAAAGUAUUAAGGACAAAAUCUCUCCUCAGGACCGGCACCUGUACCGUAUUAUCACUCAAAACUUCCUGCCUGAGAUCAGUAACAUGAUUGAACACAAGGAGAAAGAGAUCAAGCAGAAGGUACUGAAUCCGCUCAAGGAACACAACAGUCAUCACCACACUGAACAAAAUGGCAGUAAAGAGAAUGGGCAGACACGAGCCACAACUGAGGUGGACAAGCAGAGGGAGGAGGACCUGGAAAGGCAAAUCCUGCUCGCUGAACAACGGAAAGAAGAAGAAAGACUGCUUCAGGAAGAACGGGAGAGAGAGGAACAGGAGCGAGUCAAAGCUGUUGAGGAGCGUGCACGUAGAAGGAAGCAGCGAGAGGAGAAGGCCUGGUUGCUCUCUCAAGGAAAAGAACUUCCCCCUGAACUGCUGAAUCUGGAGACUUACUCACCUAGUCGCCGAGCACGUCGCACCAAAGAGCUUUAUGAUAUAGAUGAUGAUUACACUGCUCUCUACAAAGUGUUGGAGGCCCUCAAAGUUCACAAAGAUGCCUGGCCUUUCAUGGAGCCUGUUGAUGAGUCUUAUGCCCCCAACUAUCAUGAAAUCAUACAGACUCCAAUGGACCUGUCCACCAUUGAGAAAAAGCUGAAUGAUGGGGAGUACAUUGCUAAGGAUGAGUUUGUGGCUGAUGUAAAGCUUAUGUUUGAGAACUGCCUGGAAUACAAUGGAGAAGAGAGUGAAUACACAAUAAUGGCUGAGUCCUUGGAACGCUGCUUUAGCCGGGCCCUACUGAAGCACUUCCCUGCUGAGGAUGGCAACACGGAUGAGGAGUUUCACGUGAGCAGUGAGGACCGGGACCGCAAGGAUAAGAAAAAGAGCAAAAGUCACAAACAGUCUGGUCCUGAGAGCUUGAUCAGAGCCACUGAGCAAGUUCAAAAACGCAAAACGUGCAAUAGUGGAAAGGGAAAUAAUCAGCAAGAAGACAAACCAAAAUCUACUUUACAACACCCUCCCCCACACUACAUCAAUGGUCCCCCACAUCCUCAUAACAUCUACCUAGGACAGCAACAGUCUGGCAUGUUACAUCCUGUUCAACAGUUUCAACAACCUGCAGGUCCUUUGGGACCAGGAAUGUAUGCUCAACGAAUGAUGAUUGACCCCCAGUAUCCAUAUCCUGGACAGAGACCCCUCAUGUCCAGGCCACAGGUGGAUCAUGGAACUCGGCAUAUACAUCACUACAACAUGCAGGGUUCCCACAUAAAUGGUCCACAUCUUGGUCCUAGAUACCCAAUUGGACUUGAUGGUCAACCACUACAACGUCCACAUCAGCAACAUUCUUAUCCUGGUCCUACUCAUGGUCCUUCUCUUGGCCCAAGACCAAUGGCCCUUCAGCCUGGAGGCCUCUGUGCCCCUCCACCUGAAGGUAACAUGUACCCUUCACGGCAACAUCCAGAAGGGCAGUCCAUGCAGCCUGUGGGGAACCGGUAUCCCAGGCCAGGUGUCCCAAUGCAUAGUUCCUACCCUCUUUAUGGCCACCAUAGCAUGAAUGUGCCCAGGAUGUGGCCACCCAUGAACAAUCAGGGGCAGCAGACACCUGGUGGACCUAUGAUGCAAGAACAGAGUGCAAUUAGCCAGCAUCCAUACAAUAACAACAUGAUCCGUCCUCCACACAGUACUGGUUAUGCAGUGACAAAUGGUCAAUAUAGAAUGCCCUCUGUCAGCUCCCAAAGUCCCACUGGCCAAAGACAACCAGGGGCUCCUCAGGUAUUAAGGCCACAUUUGGCUUCCAUGCUUGAUAGUCCAGAGAUGAUUGCCCUCCAGCAGCUCUCGGCCUCAUCGUCUCAUCCUGUUGAGAACUUUCAGCCCACUCCACAAUGUGGUGGUAAUGCUUUAGCUUCUGCUGCUUUGUCUUCUCCUGAAAACCAGCUCAUCAGGCCUUCUAGAGAUGGUGCUACAGACAUCCAACACACUCACAUAUCCCCCAAAGGUUCAAGUCCAAAAUCUGGUGAUAAACGGUCAACUGGAGAAAAUGCCUUGACUGGAGCUGACAUGCGUUCUCAUGCUAAUCCAACAGAAAAAUCUGAGCAACCACCUCUAGGAACAGCUCCGGCAUCAGUGUCCAAUCCAAGCACAGAAGGUCCCAGUCAGAAUGAAGAGAAACAUAAACCGUCAAAUCUAGAGAAAAUCCACAACAGUGACCACCCAAAUUCUCAAACCCAGCCAGGUCGCCCACAGCAAAAAUCUGUGAAUGACUCUUCAUUACCCCUAAAUGGUCCUCAGCUAGUGCCUCAUAAAACCCCAGAUGAAAUUCCCCAGUAUCCCUCUCAACAAAUCCAUAAACAUGUUCCACCACAAUUUAUUCAGAAUGAUUCUCAACGACAGUCUCAGAAUGUUCCUUCACAUAUUCUGCAGAAUCUUUCUCAACAGAUGCCACAAAAUGCAUCUCAUCAGUAUCCACAGAACAGCUCACAGCAAAUACCACACAAUGGACCAGUCAGAGGGCCACAGGCAGGACCUCUUCAUGGAAUGCCACAGAUUCCACCUCAGGGGGGUCAGCCCGGUGUUCAUCAGCCUGCUACCCUCAGCUCUUUACCUCCUAGCCACCCUGUAUCGCAUCCACUUGCUCAACCCUCUCCAGCUGAUCAGGGAGACCAAAGGCCUUGUGAGCCUACCAGCAGGAAAGUGUCAAGUGGGAGUACAGCCUCCAAGGAUAGUAGCAAUGCUGACAUGAGGAAUUAUUGUGCCAGUGGGCUUUACAAACCACAGCCCUUCAGUCCAGAGUCACAAACCCAACUAGGAAGGCAGGAGCUAGCACCCCUUCACAAUCAGGCUCCUCCAAUACACACUCAGGGUCCAGAGAGUAACACUGUGACCCAAUACGGUGCAACUGAGCCAGCACAUCAACACUUUGGCCCACAGAUGGGUAGAGCAUUACACCAGCCAAAUCACCAGCCUUACCCAAACCAGGGACCACCAUCACAGGGAAAUAACCCUCAUCAAAAUCCUGCACACUAUCCUGCUUAUCACCAGCAAGGUGUUCCAUACCAGUAUCGCAUGGCCAUGCAGCAUCCUCAAGGCCAAUCCAGCAUGUAUCCUCAGUUCCAUCAGCAGCAGUUCUAUCAGCACUCCCGACAUGGCAGACCUGGAUUUCCAUCUGAGGAGUGGCCUAGACCUCCAUACCAGCCUCAGCACCCAAUGAUGCCCAGUUCUUACCCAUCACCAUCCAUUGGAAGUUUUAAUGGUCGACACAAGGACAAUAGCAUGUCUCCACAUGGCUCGGAUGGAUCUGUUGGGAGCUUAAUGUCACCUAGUCCUUUACCCGAUCGGUCCCAUAGCAGUGCGUUGGAAAACAGAGAGGAUGGCAGCCCUUCCAAGCAGGCAAGGAGUGAAGAGCCUUCUGAACGGUCUGAGAGCCCAAAGGAGAUCUUGGACCUGGACAGCCACAAUGCUACAGCCCGACAUCGUACUUCAGUUCAGCCACACCCCAGUUUCCCAUAUGGGCCUCGAGGCAUGCAUCCCAGCAUGCAGCAGAGUGGUGCUCCUCCACCCCAUAUGGUGGCAAGUGGGCCGUAUUCUGGUCAGCAGUUUCCCAGUGGACAUUUUGCACCACAGCAUCCUCAUCCACAUUUGAUGGAAGCUUUACAGAGGCCCCAGCACCUGCCUUUCUCUCCAGGCCAAACUCGCAUGGCUAUGUACAGGCAUCCAAAUGUUGCAGGUCACUUCCAGGGGAUGAUGGUUCCUCAAAGAUCAGUGGUUGCAGAACACUUACUUCGCACUGGGCACCAGAUGUUGGGUACAGCAUCUCCCAGUGGCCCAGGUAAUGAACAAGGAGUAUGAAAAGUGGGAUUUCAUUGGAAACUCAAGGAAAAUUAAUACCUUUUACAACACUGUUACAUCCUGAAAUAUACAGGAAAAUGGAGACCACAACAAAAAUUAGGAAGAUUGUUGAUGUGAUCAUUUGCUGAAAAAGGCAAGUUAUUUUAUCAAUUGAAGUCCUGAUCCUUAGACAUGCUCCACUACCCACCUAGAAGACUUUUUUGAGACACUGAUAACCCGUCCUCGUCUGGACUAGGCACUCCUUGUCAGUGAGGAGGGAAAGGAACAACUCGCAGUACCAAGAGGUGGGACCAUUGACCAAGGAAAAGCUGUGAAUCUUCAGUCCUGUUUAUUGUUCCAUAAUACUGGUCUACAGCUUUUAUUCUCAGCCUGGAAUAUCUCUUUGGCCUCAUUCCCUACAAAGGAACAACAUUUCUAGUCUCCUUUGCAUGGGCUGUUACUUAGGAAGUAAAUAAACUGAAUUUUUUUCCAGUCCAUGAGAAUAGCAAGAUGUGAUUUACCAGUUUGUGUUCUGGUUCAAAGUUAAGCUCAGGUGUAGUAAAGAAGGUACUGAGACUACUGGAGCUUUUUUCAAGCUCAGUGGACAAACUAGACUCUGUUACCUUUGUGUACUUGUUGAAUGUUCUGUGAAAGAUUUUAGAUGUAGUAGUAGUAGUAGUAACUCAAUUUAAGGAAUAUAAGAUUAAUCUUCAGCUCCAAUAGGAAACACCACACUUAGAGUGUUUUAAUGAGGUGAUGUUCAUCUCAACUAAAACACAGUAUCCACUUGAUUUCUGGUGAGGUGCAUUCUUUUAAUGCCGCUUCAAUUUAAAGAUUGUCUUUGGCAGAGAACUUGGCUGCUCUAUUUAUGCACUAGGAAUAGUCUUUCAUACUGGAAUUAGUGGCCUUGAGCAUAAAUUAGAUUUGUGCUCCUUUGUAUGGGACUAAAUUCUAACGUUUCACUUGUUGUCUUGUUCCUUAUUGAUGUGUCUUGCUAGUUUAUGUGUGCACAGAAUGAACCAGAUUUCAGAUACUGAGGUAGCCAUCUUUCACCUCUUAAUAUAUCUACACAGUCUUCUAGAAAUCCACGGCUUUUGGGAUUCCUUGAAGGCUGGUUUAUUAUCACUGGCCAUCAAUCUUAAAAUGUUUUUUUUUUUUUUACAUAUUGGAAUGUAUAUUGAAUUUUUGUCACAAUUGACAACCAGCUGGAGUCGCAAUACUAAAAAUGCAUUAGAUGAGAGAAUAUAUAUCAGCCUUAAAACUGACUUGUAAAAGUACCACUGUUGCUCCUUUUAUCAAAUGGGAGAAAUGUGGAUGUGCUCAUAUUUUACAUGAAUGCGUCCUCUUUUAAUUCAGUGUACUGAAUGUGUCCUCAGGGUGUAGUGGUUUUAAUACGGGUAUUGUCAAUAGAAUAUUCAUUGAAAAAAUUGCCAUGAAAUGUCACUGGUUAACUUAAAUUCAUCUGUGAUCUUCAGUAUAGACACAGGAACCAGGCAAGCAGUACUUGGGGUUAAUGGUGUUUGUUACACUGUUCUUUGAAAUUACUCUAAUAUUUGUUUUAAAGUUUUUUUUUUGUUUUUUUUUGUUUGUUUGUUUUUAUUGGGGGAAGGAAGGAUGGACUUUUCCAUCAUUUUGGAAAAGUUUGCUUUGUUCAUUUUAAUUGCUUCUACUAUUGUCCUGCACUAAAUGAAUUGCUUUGAAUAUCUGCUUGUUUUUUUUAUGUGUCCUCUUGGUCUGUCUGAAUUACUAUUUUACUCGGCUCUUGUCGACAAACCAUUAAAAAGAAACCACAAUUCGUGAGAAUAUGGCAGCAAGAAUAUCUACCUCAUAAUGCCAGAAUGUGGCACAUUCUCCAAUCCCUUCACAUGCAGAGAUCUUUUUUUUUUUUGUCACUUGUUUGUAUACUUCAAUAUCCUUUUUCAUGAUUUACAGCUUGAUCCGAACAUCAACACUAUAUAUAGCCUUAAUAUGUUCACUUGCAAAACCGAAUGGUAAUUAUUAAUUUAUCAGUACCAAGUUUGAACAUGAUUAAAAUAUCUGCAUUCCACUUUUUGAUUGUUGGUGUUUACAACCAUAAGUGAAAUGAAGGCAACAUCCUAGGUUCAAAUUUUUGCCCUCGUUGUGCCAUUUUGUGGAGUCCACACAUUGAAGUGGAAAAAAAGUUGUACACCUUGUACGAAGGAUUUUACAGUGAUUUUUGUGGUACACUGAGAUAAUUUUCCCAGAAACCUGUGAUGGUGCAAAAUGUCGUACAGUAAUAUUUCAGUGUUUUUGUGGACAUGUGAACCGUUUAUGUAUUUUAUGAACUAGGGAUAUGGAAAUACUAGCAGCUGUGAGAUGACAUGGACAUUGUCCACCAUUUUGUAUCAGUCUUUGCUAAUAAGUGAAGAUGUAUCACUUUAGCAGGCUGUCAGAGGACUGUCCUACUCCUAUGUAAAGGAAUUAUUUAGAUGUAAUGGACUACAGGAAUGUGUUGGUUUUGCUGUGUACAUAUGUUUUUUAUUUUAUUUUAUUUCACUUAUUGCUGGGUAUUGGGCAACAGAUCUGUAUCUCUUCAAAUCCACCCUUCAACAUCUCUGCUGUCAUCUGUUCUGCCUGUACUAGUUAAGAAAGUAGUUGGUUAAAUGUGAAUCAUAUUUAUUUGCUCUUAUGUUUUGUAAAUUUUUGUCUUUUUUUAAUAUAAAUGUGUUCUCAUGUUUGUUUUGAAACGGUUCACUUUACCUCAGUAGUGAAGAUGGCAUCCAAAACGACACCUGUAACUUUCAUUAUGUGAAGUUUACAAGUUCUUUCCUGACUGACAUUAUUAUUUUGGAAAUGGACCGAAGUAUUUUCUAUACUGUACAUUUCUUAGAAUAAAUUACGUUUCAUUA